AUGUCCCACAUCACCCUCGCCCAACAGGGCCUGGCCGCCGUCGAGGCCAAGGAUUGGGACGGCGCCAUCACCAAGCUUUCUAAAGCGCUGCAGUCGUCGUCCAACCCAGCUUGGCUGCUCGCACGCUCCAAGGCGCUCAUUAAUCUGCAACGCUUCGAGGAGGCCCUGGAUGACGCCAACCUCGCCUGGCACACGGCCUAUGAGCGUAAUAAGAGACCGCUGAUGAUCGAGGCCCAUUACCGCCGUGCCGUGGCUUAUUUCCGCCAGGGCCAAUUUGCCAACGCCGACGCCUGCUGCGUCUACGCCAUGCGCCUCAUCAAGGGUGCGCCCGCCAUCGAGAAGGAGGACCCGGUCGCGCACCUCAAGGACCCGGCGACGGGCCGCUGGACGGCGACAGCCAAGGAUGCCAUGCAGGAGGCGCAGAGCGACUCUAUCAACAAGAGCAAGGGAGACGCGGCGGCCGUUGCUAUGGGCCAGGAGCAGGUGCCGCACAGCAAGGAGUGGCGCAUGGCGAGCACGCUGCGUAUUCAGAUUCUCAGGGCGUUGGAAAACCUGCCAGCAGACGACUCCGCGCGAAUCGCGACAGCACCGCCAAGACCGGACAAGAAGAAGCUCGCAGAUUUUUCUAGGGCCACGGAGGAGGCUAAGCCAGCUACACCAAGUGUAACUUCCGAGACCUCCAUACCCAAUUCAAUACAAACACCUGCUGCCGCGAAGCCAGCUGUGCCUAGCGAUGCACCGCUACGACUGCAAGAUUUCCAAAGCAACACAAACAUGUCGGUGUCUAUAUUCUCCAAGGGUGUUAACAAGGAGACGCUCAAGGUUGAUUUUCAGCCGCAUUCCGUUCAUCUUGAUCGCGUCAUCUAUCCCAGCGGUGAAGAGAGGGAGUUUCAGCUCGAUCUGUGGGGAGAAAUCGACACGACGGCGUCCAAGUACACCGUCACACCGAACAAGGUCGAACUGAGCCUUGUCAAGAAGACGCCUGGGAAGUGGGCUCAGCUGAAAUCGGAUGGCCGACCUAGGGAGGCAGCCUCUUCAUCAGCAACCGCUGGCGCUCCAAAGAUCGAGUCAGUUUCAGCUACUCAAACCUUCGUCGAACCCAAAGCGCCAGCCGCCGCGGGCCCUGCGUACCCUACAUCGUCACGCACCGGCCCCAAGAACUGGGACGCGCUCGACGUCGGCGAGGAUGGCAAGGAAGACGAGGACGGCGACGUCAACUCGUUCUUCAAGAAGCUGUACAAAGGUGCGACACCCGAACAGCAGCGCGCCAUGAUGAAGAGCUUUACGGAGAGCAACGGCACUAGCCUGAGCACAGACUGGAACGACGUCAAGGGCAGAACCGUCGAAACGAUCCCGCCAGAGGGUGUCCAGGCGACGAAGUGGGAAUAG